AUGCUUACAUCGACAGACCGAUCUUCUGAAGAAAUUGAUCAAACCGACAACGCUACGCACCUGAAGGCGGUUGCCACGGCCGCUGGCAACCAACCACGCUCAGAAGCCCCUGAAAUGAGUCUGCCUUUCAUUGGCAUAUUAAAGCCACUACCAAACUCACCAUCACUCUCCCAAAGUCUCUCGAUGGAGAACCCAAGCGCCGGUACUCAGGCCAACAGCAAUGAUCCUCGAGUAAGUGAACCUUGGAUUCCACAACGCGUGCCAACACAAGAGAGUCGUACUGCAAAAAUAUGGUGGAAAUUCCAGGAAGUUCGCGCAGAAGUGCUGCAUCUGUUGUCUCUAACGAUCCUGCGUCCAAAUGGAAGGGGAUGA